AGUCGCAUUGGUGUUCCAAUCUUGUAGCAGAAUGUCUUAACACUGUCAACUGUUUCGCCUAUUUCAUAAUGUCGAGUGAGGAGCCUGUUACAGCCAAUGAAAUAGAAGAUACCCCAAAUGGUACCACUGGAACAUCCAGUAACCACCAGCCAAUUUCAUGGAGAAACAAUCCUCACAGGUUGUUGACUGUGGAAAUAGUCAUUUUCCUUUAUCUCACUGGUAUCAUUUUGGAAAUCCCAGUUAUACAACAGUACUUAUAUCACAGAGCUAGGGAAGAACUGAAAGUACCUGGAGAAGAUGAAAAUGAUACUAUCUGUAAUCCUCGUUAUGAAAAUAGUUCUGAACAUAGCAUGGAUGAUAAAGUGCACAAAAAAGCCUCACAAUACAUCUUAUGGGUGAGCAUGACACUUACACUCCCUGCCAUCUUCACGGCUUGUUUCCUUGGUUCAUGGUCAGACAAAAGGGGACGAAAGGGACCCAUGAUAACUGCAUCUGUUGGAAGUGCUUUGGAUGCCUUGAUUAUUCUGGCAGCAAUUCAUUGGAAACUUCCAAUCUAUGUCUUUAUGAUAGCAAGUGCAUUGGCUGGCCUAGGUGGCUAUUAUCCUACUAUGGUUCUUGCACUGCUUGCGUAUGUUGCAGAUACAUCCCCACCAGAUUCCAGAGCUUUAAGGCUUGGUAUUCUAGAAGCUAUUGCAUUUAUUUGUGGAACAGUAGUGUAUUUUGUCAGUGGAGUAUGGAUCAAGAAUUAUGGCUACCAGUCUAUAUAUCUGGUGAUACUGUCUUUACAUUUACUCAAUCUUGUGUAUGUUGUAAUCCUUCUCCCUGAAUCAUUACCCCAGGAACUAAAGAAGAACAAAGCAGUCUUAUCCUGCAAUAGUAUUAAAACCAUUUUUACAGUUUACUUUAAGAAGAGAUUGGGACGUUGGGUCCUCAUCACUCUCCUCGUCUGUGCAGUUGUUGUUUACUUAGCUGGAUUUGUUGUACAAACAUUGUUGGUUCUCUUUGGUAAGAGAGACCCUCUCUGCUGGGAGUCAUCUGUUAUUGGUUAUUUUCUUGGGACAGCAUUGUUUUCGAAAGCUGUUGGAGCUGUGGUUGGUAUCAAACUUUGUUCAUGUUUAGGCGUUUCAAACUUUGGUGCUGUUCAAAUUGGAAUUAUUUUUCUCAUGGGGAGUUUAAUAAUGAUUGGAUUUUCUAUAAACAUAACUAGUUUCAUUGUUUUUUUGUUUUGGUUUGUUUUUUGUUCAGGUUCUCUUUUUGCUGUUCUAGCAUCUCUGGAGAGUCUGUGUAAUUUUUUUAGUCAGCUGAUUUUUAAUCCACUUUACACAUGGACUGUAACUGAACUCACAGGAGAAUAUGUGGCAGGAAUUACCUUCUUCAUCAAUGCUGGUCUCCUUCUCAUUCCUAUGGCUCUUAUUUUGGUCAUUCAGAGGAGUAAACCUUCAAAGCCAAAGGAAUUUCCUCCUCUUCUUGACAAUGAAAAUCCAGCAAAGUCAUACAGCAAGCAGGAAAGGAUCUAACUUCAAGUCAUCUGGUCUCAGUUGUUGAAAUGGUGCAUAAUGCAGUAUAUUUUGUCUACAUUUAUCAGCUGAAUACUUAUUGAUAUCUGUUGAAUAGCAUUAUCCACCCUUUUAAUUACUGGGCCUUGCUAUGCUAACAUGAAAAACACAGAUAUGUAUAACCAAAAACUGAACGUCAAAAGAUGGUUUAACCAACUAUCUUGCUGCUUUAUUUGCAUCACAAUUGUCUGAGAACUGAUUCCAUUUUGUGUGUAAACACUUAGCUAUUAUCCUUUCAGUCUACACAAUGUUAGAUGUCUUUUGCUAUUAGAGCAGUUUUCAAUGGAGUAUUUAAUGUGAUCCUAAAAUA